CGGUAAUGCAACAUGCAAAAAAUCGCAUGUUACGCGAAGAGCUUUACCGUGCCUACCUAACUCGUGCUUCAAGUGGAGAUGAUGAUAACACCGCAAUUAUUGAACAAAUUCUAAAGCUUAGGUUGGAGAAGGCUAAGCUUCUUGGAUAUAAUAACUAUAUGGAGGUUAGCAUGGCUAGUAAAAUGGCAACUCUUGAUCAAGCACAAAAACUCCUUCAAACACUUCGCAAUGCAUAUUGGGAUCUUGCCGUUACAGAUGUGCAAGACCUUAAAGACUUUUGCAAACAUCAAGGUGCUCCGGAAGCUAAUGAUUUCAACCAUUGGGACAUCAUGUUUUGGACUGAGAGGCUUCGUGAAUCCAAGUAUGAAUUAUACGAGGAACAACUGCGUGAAUACUUUUCAUUACCCAUGGUCUUGGAUGGUCUUUUUGAGCUUGCGAAUAAGCUUUUUGGUAUACAUGUUAAAGCUGCUGAUGGUUCAACUCCGGUCUGGCACAAGGAUGUGCGUUGCUUCAGUGUGUGGGAGGGUUCCUCUUCAUCACCAGACAGUACUCCCAUCGCACAUUUUUACUUAGACCCAUACUCACGUCCAUCUGAUAAGCGUGGAGGCUCAUGGAUGUACCCCGUUGUUGGUCGAAGCCGAGCUUUGCCUGCUGAUUGUGCAGGGUUGCCUGUGGCAUAUAUUCUUUGUAAUCUGAUGCCGCCUAUUCGGGACAAACCCUGUCUCAUGACAUUGGGAGACGUUAAAACGCUCUUCCAUGAGUUUGGCCAUGUUCUUCAGCAUACGCUGACUACGCAGGAUGAAGGACUGGUUGCUGGUAUGAAGGGCAUAGAAAUGGAUGCUAUAGAAUUACCAUCUCAAUUUAUGGAAAAUUGGUGCUACCACAGGAAAACAUUAAUGGGUAUGGCUAAGCAUUAUGAAACUGGAGAGUCUCUUCCUAAAGCCAUAUACAAGAAACUGCUUGCAGCUAGGAAUUUCUGUUCUGGUACCCGUACUCUUCCCCAGAUAGAAGAUGCAAUAGUUGAUCUUGAGCUGCAUUCGAAAUAUAUCCCUGAUGGUUCAGAGUCUAUUUUUUAUGUCCACAAACGUGUCUGUGAGAGGACACGAGUGCUCCCCCCAUUUCCUGAUGAUAAGUCCCUUUGCGGUUUCCAACACAUCUUCAAUGGAGGAUAUGAGGCUGGGUACUAUGGUUACCAGUGGUCAAAGGUUUUGUCCGCUGAUGCUUUCUCUGCAUUCGAGGAUGUCGGGCUAGAAAAUGAGAAGGAAGUCCAACGAUUAGGAAGAAGAUUCCGGGAAACCGUGCUCGCACUUGGAGGUGGCAAACAUCCGCUAGAGAUUUUUAUUGAUUUCCGAGGAAGAGAACCUUCUAUGGAGCCACUUCUUAGGCACAAUGGCCUCUUACACUAUGCAAAUCAUAGUGUACAAUCUAAUCCUCAUACAAUUAAUUGUACAUAUGCCAUUUCUUGGCGAUUAGUUUAUAUUUCUCUAAUGAUUCUUUUUACAUAUGCCACUUCAUAUUUAUGUUCUAUUUGGGGUGUAAUGUGACAUUCCACAUGUAAUUCGAUGUUGUUGGUAACCUUAUUCCUACCUUUAUUUAUGAAGUUAUUGUUUGUAAUGUUUCAACAGAUUACACUAAUUGAAACAAG